UUGGGAAUUGGGCCGAUAAAGAGGACCUGCGAUGGCGGAGGAGUUCACACAGUUCGAGCAUGGGCAUGGGGUUUGUCUCUUUACGGUUUCGGAGAAUGAACCCCUUUCCGGUGUGAGGUCAUACUGGCGUAUGUGUUCGGAUUCGAAAUUCUUCUCUCGACUUCAUUGAGCUUGCUUUACCGGGCGGAUGAGUGUCCAUAGUCGAUCUGCUGCUGCUGCUGCUGCUUCUGCUGCUGUUAUUCCUACUGCCGGUUCUUCUGGUUCCUUCGCUGCAGGUGCUUUGAAUCAGGGACUUGUCGUUGGUCGGAGAAGAAUUUCUGAGCUCGACGACUGCCAGCCAUGCCUGUGUCCGAGUAAAACUCUCUGACACAUCGUCGACCUGCUGUCGUUUUGUCUCGGAGAUGGAGCGGAAUGUGCAUGAUGAUGAUUAUGACGAUGACGUGAGUGCAACCGGGACUGAUCGCUAUCUGUAUGACGGGCCACCUUACGAGAAUAAGGAACCGCCGGCGGUGACGACGAUGACGGCCGAUCGAAUCGCACGGCUCGACUACGGCGACGCAGCGACCGGAGAUGGCGUCAUGGACCUCGACGAAUCGCCGGACCGCGACGGGGUCCCGGAGCCUCCGGAUCGGCGCAAGUAGCAGCGAAGCCAGCGCGUGCCAUGAGUUAGAGAAGCGCAUCGCAGUUUCUCGAGGCUAGCCGGCGGCGGCGACGCCAGCCGGCCGGCCGGCCUGCUCCCGCUCAGUCCAAACGAAUCCGGCGCCGUGUGGAGACGACCACCACGAGUCCCCACAUCGCGCCGACCUCUCCUCCUCCGAACUUGUCUGAAGUUGUGCCGUCGCCCGUUUUGUCCAACCGAUGGAGCCCGCAGCCGCGCCCGCCGAGACUCCCCCGCGAAUAAGGACCUGCCGCUCUCCGCGACCGGCGCGUCGAAGAACGUCGCCGAGCCCCGAGCGCUGCCCGAAACGCGCGACGGCGUACGUUGUCGUCCGGGUGAUCGUUUAGAAGAUGCUCUUAGACUAUUGUAGUACCGCGCCCGCUCCCCCGUCCCCGCUCCGCCCCGGAUGGAUGGACAGAUAGACGGACGGACGGAAGGACGGAUAGAUGGAUGGAUGGCGCGGUACGCCUGUCAGAUCCCCCCACAAGACCGUUGGCAGUCCUGUCCUGUCGGGCCGCGAGUCGAUUAGAUUCCUCGAGGCCCGCUCAAGGCAGCGACGUCCUCUACUCCCCCCCAACAGUCCCCUCUUCCCGCACACUCCCAGUCUCCGCUUUUUCUGUGUCUGUCGUAUGAAUAAAGUACGCCGCAAGCAUGUCCUGUGGAUGGAUUGCAGGCUGGCCAUAGAUUUUCGCA